AUGGCCAACGCGCGCAGCUCCAACUUUGGCGUGCGGCGGCCGAACAGCAGUGAUCAGGAGAAGGAAGAAAUAUGGAAGCCUAUGCUGGACAACAUCUCGAGCGGAAAGCGACUACCUGAAAAGAGCUUGCUAGUACUCGGCGGCACCCCCGAAACCCAGAGAGAAUUCCUUGAAUCAGUAGCAACAGAUCCUACAAACAAUCGAAGGCCCCCGGAUAGAGGACGGAAGCCACCAAUCGCAAAUCAGUUUGCGCUGGGUUAUACCUAUCAGGACGUGCUUGAUACUGAUCAUGAAGAUACCCUCGCUCGUCUGUCGCUCUACCUCCUCGCGAACCCGUCGCCAUCGUUCACACCGCUUAUUAAGCCGUACCUGAAUCCGCGUACGCUCCCGCAUAUGCUAGUAGUAAUUCUGCUUGACUGGAACCACCCUUGGCUAUGGAUACGACAGCUUCGCGACUGGAUUCGCGUUCUACGAUCCCUGAUUCUAUCGCUCGACGACGCUUCUAAGGAAGUACUUGAGGAGAAUAUUACCACACUCCAGGAUAAGGGUCGCACUGUCGGCGGGGCGGAGGGGAGCAGUGCGCUGGACAAUGUCAAAGUGCCUAUGGGGCCUGGAGAGUGGGACGAACCGCUGGGUAUACCGUUGUGUGUUGUUUGCCAGAACGCCGACAAGAUCGAGGCCAUGGAACGAGAACGGGGGUGGAAGGAGGAGGAGUUUGACUUCAUCCUACAGUAUCUACGGACAAUUCUUCUCAAGCACGGCGCCAGUCUUGUUUAUACGAUGCCGUCGGCCCCAGGUUCUCUUCAGACGCUCAUUCAUUCUGCCCUGGGGAUCAAGUCCCUCCUUAAGCAGAAGCAGUUGAAGCACAAUGUGACAGACCGCGACCGAGUUUUGGUCCCACCGAAUUGGGAUUCUUGGGCUAAGAUUAGGAUCUUAAGAGAUGGGUUUGACGUUGAGGGAGUUAGUGAGAAAUGGUCGGUCGACAUCGAUCAGAUUCCGCAACAAACGAGGGCGGUCACGAACGGUGAAGCUGCAGUGGAUGGCGAAGAGCAAGCACCCGAUGUUCCGCCACAGCAAGCAGAAGAAGAGGAAGAAGGACCCUCUGCCACCACGAUCUACGAAGAGACCAUCAGGAAUCCCGAAUCGGACUUCCCACUCUCUGCUCUGCACUCCAAGCAAAUAAACGGCAUCGAAGUAUCGAGCCAAGACACGCAGGACUUCCUCAAGGAGCAAGUCAAGGUUUUGGAUCAACUGCGUCUCGAAGAUGAGAAUGAGGCAAAGGUCAAAGCAGCGAAGAAAGACGUCGACAACUACCGGACAUACACGGACGAUGCGUCCGGCGUGGUGGAAGAGCACAUCGGUCCCGUGCAAUUCAAUAUGGGCGGUAUCCAGGUCAACGCUGAUGAAAUGGUCAAGCGAUUACAGGAACGCGAGACCAGCAGAGCCAGCGAAUCCGAGUCCACUACAACGCCGCCCGUCAAUGGUUCCGAAUCCGCCAACAUGGACAACGAGAAGCUCAUGUCCUUCUUUUCUGGCCUCAUCAAGAAGCCCUCCGCCAAAUAG